UGCCUUAAAAGGAAGCAAUCUUACUAACUCCCGCUUUUCAUGGAGGCUCCAAUUUAUGACCUUACGCUGCUGACUUUGCUAACACUCAUCUCUAUCCAGACGCGUGUACAUCGAUUCACCCAAUCUAAUUCAUUAUGCUUCAAAUUCCCCAUUUCCAUUUUUUCUUUUCUCUUUUUCCCUUUUACAGUUACUGCAACCUCUCGCAUAAUUAAAGCUGGAAAAAGUUUCUUCUUUUUGGUGCGCCAAUUGAUUCAAUUUUUUGGUGGGCUUUUCAAAGCAUCAAGUUUUGUAACCAAUCCAUUUAUUUUCUGGAUUCGGAUUUGAAUGAUCAAAGAAAUUCAAUUUUUUCAUUAUAAAAUCAAUAAUGUAUUCUGUUUUUCUCCAUAUUAAAUGUGAAUUCUUAUCAUUUCAUGAAUAAAGUUUUAUUCUUUAUUGGAAUUAAGGAUGCCUUCUUUAAUGCGAUUCUCACACACACAUCUGUCUGUAUAAAUUCUUUGGUGAACAAGCUCGUGUUCAUGGCGUUGCAGAUUUGGGAAUAACCGUCCAUUUUACCUGCAUUUUUCAACAGCUUCAAGUCCUAUCCUAGUCUUUCAGAACUUCUGGGGCCAUGGCAAACCAAAUUCUCUUAGAAAUUUGUUGUUAUUACUGUACUGAAAUGGAUGACAUUUUUUCUCGCCUCUUAAGCUUAACUUCUUGUAUAACACGCCGAGUAAUUGAAUUUAUUGAAGAUCUUGUGUUGAGGGAUGUGAUUCGAUUGUUAAGAGAUUCAGAGAUCAAUUCUUGUUGCAAACAACCAGCAAUUGGAACCUGCACCGGCUUUCUUGACAGAGAUGCCAUAUAUCUGGAGGAUCUAUCAUUAAUCAAUUCAGGAUCAGAAAUUGUUUAUAGAAAUUACUCUAGGGGUGUCCACUUCGUUUUUAAAGGGUUGACGCUCCCUAUCUCUUUCUUUGAAUUUGCUUGGAGAGCAGCAAUAGAAACAUGGAGAUGUAUAGGUUAUCAUAAGGGAUGUGUUCAUGCUCGUCUGCAGAGUAUUGUAUCUCGAGUUCUGAGAACUUUGAAUGGGUCUUCAGAUGACAUUGGGUGGUUACAAGCAUCUCCUGAAAUGGCUCCAGUUGAGGAUGGAUCAGCUAGAUUCCUAGAGCUGUUACAAGAAACUAGGAAUGGGGUGCACAAACUGCCGGAUUCUUUUGUCUACCUGCUGAUUCCAGGACUUUUCAGCAAUCAUGGUCCCUUGUAUUUUGUCAGCACCAAGAGGUUUUUCUCAAAGAUGGGUCUUGCUUGCCAUAUUGCUAAAAUUCACAGUGAGGCAUCGGUGGAGCACAAUGCUUGGGAAUUGAAGCAAUACAUAGAGGAGUUAUACUGGGGAUCUGGUAAACGUGUGAUGUUGCUUGGCCACAGCAAGGGCGGAGUUGAUGCUGCAGCUGCCUUGUCUAUUUAUUCGCAAGAGUUGAGAGAUAAAGUUGCAGGAUUGGCACUUGUACAGAGUCCCUAUGGAGGAACACCCAUAGCUUCUGAUAUUCUUCGUGAAGGUCAGGUUGCUGACAAGGAAACUCGGAGGAUCAUGGAGUUUCUGAUUUGCAAACUGAUUAAGGGUGAUAUAAGAGCACUUGAGGAUCUCACCUAUGAGAAGCGAAAGGAAUUUAUCCGUAAACACAAGCUUCCCGAUAAUAUUCCUCUCAUCUCGUUCCACUCCGAAGCAAGUGUGGCGCCCGGUGUGCUUGCCACCAUGUCGCACAUUGCACAUGCAGAACUCCCCUGGCUACCUCGAAUUUUAAAUGAGGAUGCAGACGAUGAUGCCAUCUUUGCAGCACGGAAGGUGCCCGUCAUAGUCCCAGUUUCCGCUGCCAUGGCUAUCACAGCACUCCACCUGCAACUAAGAUAUGGAGAGAAGAGCGAUGGCCUCGUGACAUGUCGCGAUGCUGAAGUCCCUGGUUCUGUUGUGGUCAAGCCCGAUAAGAAGCUCGACCAUUCCUGGAUGGUGUACUCUUCAUGGAAGAAAGAGCCCACUGAGCCCGAUGCUUGCGAAAUGUGUGAAGCUUUAUUGACUAUGCUCGUUGAGCUCGGGAAAAGAGCUUCAAAAUGAAGGUGCAUUCCUUCUCAUUUUUCACCCCCGUGUUGUUUUCUUGUUAAGUGACUACUAGAAAAGUUGCACAUCACUGUCAUUGCUAGCAAAAUUUCAAGGUGAGUGGUGAUCUCCAAAGCUCUGCAGUAGCUAGGCUGCUUUUAAAUUGUGUUCGCACUUUGGGAAUCGUAUUGUUGAGUACGAACGAGGACGAGGUAGUCAUGAAUGUUUAUUUUUACACACUGAUGUAAUACUAUAUAUCGGAAUUGCAGUUUUCAGUGUACUUCAGUUAGUAAGACGUUUUUCUUUGAAACAAUGGGUUAGAA